GCACAACUAAAGAUUUUCUGUUCUGGUCCGACAUUUUGAGGAGUUAACACGGAAAUAAGGCUUUCAGCGAAGGUGGGAAGUACGAGAACCAAGACUCGUCUCUUGGCCUCUCGGUGUAACCGAAAUGGAUUCUGAUUCGGAAGUGGAGAGGAUCCUGCAGGAGAGACCUCCUUCGAGCUAUGGCUCCAUGAGAAGUGAUGAUGAGGAGGAAGAAGAAGACAUCACCCCAGCUCAGAACUUGCCUGCCAAACUGGAACCACGAUCCUUUGAUGCUACAGGGAUCCGGCUUCACCGCGACGCAUCUCCAGAGACCGUCUUCACAGACAACACCCGUCUGCCCCAUCCCAGGCAGCCCGCGGAGGGGGCCUUCAUCGAACAGAGACCUGUGGAAGAGGAAGAUGAAGAGGAAGAGGUGGAAGACCAGAAUGAUGGCGCUCGAGUGAACUCCCCCGUGCCCCCGCCCCCCAUUGAGCCUGAGGACACAUGGAUGGACGUGGAUGAUCAGCAACAGCCUGGCAGGCUUCACCCUGAAGUUGAUCUCCCUUUUAUAUUCAAGUCCAUGCAGAGUGCUCUGACCCUCCUGGAGCCUCCUGAAAUCCAUCUGUUUAAGAGCUACCUAUGCGGGCGCCACAACUCAACCUUCAACAUGGCCGACUUAGCGGAGAGUGACACGUUGGACCUGGUGGAUAAGAUGCUUGAGCGAUUCGGUAAACUGUACGGUCUGCAGGUGGCCAUCCGCAUGCUGGAGGCUAUGAAUAAACCGCAGCAGGCCAAGGAGUUGCAGACCAAGUGCAAGAGAGCGGUGAUCCAGUAUGAGCUGAAGUGUGGUCUGAUCCGGAGACACAACUGUAUCUACGAGGGGGUUCCCCGGGCGGGCCAGCAGCUGUACUUGAAGUAUGUCUACGUCCAACCCCGGAUCUCCACUCAGGGCUACGGCGGGGUCUGCCCCCAUCACCCGGUCAGGCCCCACCCCCCCGACCCCCCCAAAGUGGCCCCUCCCGACAGCAUGGUGGAGGGGAAUAACAUAUUCCGUUUACACUCGGCUGACGGGAAUCCAGUUCGUUGCGUACUGACCACGGGAGUGCCAGGGAUCGGCAACUCAGUGGCAGUCCAGAAGUUUAUGUUGGAUUGGGCCGAGGAACGGGCUAAUUUUGACCUCCAGUUCGUGUUCCCAUUUCCCUUCCGGGAGUUGCAGUCGCUGAGGGAGCGCAACAUCAAGGAGAAGACGGACAUCAGCAUGUUGGAGAUGCUGCAGACCUAUCACAGCGAGACGCGCUCCAUGGAUUUCCUAGAGGAGGCCAACUGUAAGGUGCUGUUCAUCAUGGACGGGAUCGACAUCUACAAAGGAAACCUUGACUUCACGAACACUCCGGUUGUGACUGACAUUACCACCCCCCUUCCUCUGGACUCCCUGUUGGUGAAUCUGAUCCGAGGCUCUCUGUUGCCUCAUGCUCUCCUGUGGCUGACCGGAAGACGUGCAGCCACAACACAGAUACCUCCGGAGUACAUCGAUAGCAUCUAUGAAAUACAGGGCUACAGUGAUGAGCAGAAGGAUGAGUAUUUGACCAUCCGCUACUCGGACAAGUCCCUGGCUGAGAAGAUCAUCCGACACACCAAGAACUCGCCCACCAUCUACAACCUGUGUCACAUUCCCUUCUGCUGCUGGAUGGUCGCCAUGGUGUACGAGCGGGGAUUCCGGCACGACGACGACUACGGAAGACACCCACCAAAGAUCACGUCCUUUUUCAUCCACUACAUGAUCAUCCAGAACAACCGCAAGCUGGAGAAGUACUACGGCCAAAACCCCAACACACAGAAAUGGACUGAAAUGGACCGGAAGUUCAUGCUGGCGCUGGGUCGUCUGGCUCUGAAGCUGCUGGAAAAGAACUGUGCCAACUUCUACGAAGACGACUUGGUGGAUUUCACCUUUCCUGUGAUAGAGGUGGCCUCUUGGUCAGGCCUGUGUACUGAGCUGCCCAGGCCCAAUCCCAAGGACCGGCGGGUCUUCUGCUUCACACACCUCAGCAUCCUGGAGUUCAUGGCCGCCCACUACGUCUGGCUCUCUUUCCGCCUGGAUGGUCAGAAUGUUUUGGACCAGUCCAAAAGCAUCACCAAGCUGUUCAAGGAGCACUCCUUGGUGGAAAUAUACCGCAAAGCCGUUGACCGUUACCUGAAUUCUCCCUUGGGACAGUAUGAUUUGUUCUUGCGUUUCUUGUGCGGCCUGUCCAUGAAGCAAAAUGACAGUCUGCUCCGGGGACUUCUGUUCCCUCACAACGCCCCUUCACUGAAAGGUCUAGACGAAGUGGCCAGGCUACUAACGAAGAGGAAGGAGAACGCACUUCCAGAGAAGGAGGCCAACCUCAACGAAUGCCUCAGAGAGCUAGAAGAAUCUGAGGACUAAAAAGUCUAGUACUGUCAGAAAACACGCCUGAUAAUGUUUUUCUGAAGCAUUGAACGCGGUAAAUGUUUUAUGCUGAUGGAUUAUCCCCUCAAAAGUAUGGCUGAAGAGCAGAACAUUGAACCCAUGCAACCAACCAGUGAAUGGAACAAUGAGCAAGAAAUAUAUUUACACAGCUACUUGUUUGUUAGCACUUCCACUACUUCUUGGUCCAAACCCAAAGAUGAACUACCGGGUUGAGGUCUGGGGACGGUGUUGGGGAUUUCCAGGCCCCCAUGGAGGCCCUUCUUUUUUUUGUCUGAGGGGAGUUGAACCCUGUGUGGUUUUCUGCUGGGAUAGCCUGUCCUGAUAAAUCAUGCGGUCCAAGAAGCCAUUCUGAACAAAAGUCUUGGUCUGCACUGUUAUAUCCCGUCUGUGACUCGGCUGUUAGCUUCAACAAUUCUUGCCGUUACUUGCUGGCUUUGCACUUCUAUUUUGACUGUGUUUUAGUUCUUCUUUGUGUGUUUCUAUGUUCUGUUUCAACCCUGUCUUAAUUGAUUUCACCUGCGUCUCGUUUGCCCCUGGUUACCUCUAUUUAAUAUUCCCGGUUCCCUGUGUUUUGUGUUGGUCAUUGUUCCAGCCUUUAGUUUUUGAGCCUGAUGGUAUUUAAGCCUGUUUAUUAAAAGUCCUUGUUCCACCA